CCUCAGUAUUGUGGGAUAUAAGUCACCUCGAUAUCUUCAAUGUGUAGGAAACUAUGCGUUUAACAAAAGACUAUGGAGUCACAGCCGUCGCAGAUGAAUAUUCAUUUAGUCGAGGAUGCAGCCUUAUCCUCCACGUACCGCGAGGUGCGGGGCAAGGUGCAAGCCGCGAUUUUCGAGUCGACACACACCGCUACCGAAGAUAGUUCGCCUCUAAAGGAAAGAUUCCAUUCAGAGAUAUGGCCGAGUUUAUAUCCUGACUAUGAGAAAUUGGUCAACGAAGUUGUACGCUACUGUCGCGAGGAGCUCAAAAGGAAACGAUUCGACUGUUUAGUUCUUGGUAGGGCGAAGACUGCCGAGUCUGUCAAGAAAUCACUCGACCGACGGGAAGAACAUCGUGAUAACCCCUACACUGGUCUUAACGAUAUAUUCGAGACAAUGCACGACCUUGCUGGGUCCUUAAUUAUAAUGCAAUAUGCGAAAGAUGUGGGAAUAGUAAAUGAGCUUAUCUCUCAGAGCUUCCAAGCAACUAAACCACCAACCCACUGGUCCCGCGAUCGCCAACCUGGCCCACUUUGGGCUUCACGAUUCGGAGGUUAUGAAUCUUAUAACCAUCAUGUGACACUGGGAGGAAUUUCCGAUCUACCCAGAGUUACUUUUGAAAUCCAGGUGACUACCUGUUCGGAUUUCAUGUACAAUAGACUUGCACAUGACUGGUAUUACAAGAAGGCUCAUGGACCGAUGUGUCGGAAGGAUGAAAUAGUCAUGGAUAUGCUGCACGGUGCAGCGAUUAUAUUUGAGGUUGGUGGAGAGUAUAUGAGAGAGAGACAAGAGGAGAACUACGGUCAGAUCGAGAAUGAAUAUGGUCUAAUUCAGGCCACCAAACUCGUAUACGGGACCGAGGAGUGGCAGCUCGAGUCUGAGAACCCAAAGUCUCUUUUGGAAAAGUUGAAAAGUUCCGGGUACGACUCUUUUACGAAGAUUGAACGUGUUGCUAAUCAGUUUUGGCCUCUGGGAGCCGAAGACACAUCUAGCGACGACCCCAUAGCCCGAUUACACGAAAUCAUCUCCCAACCAUUCAAGCGUCACCUUGUGAUCCCAUUUGAACAAAAGGGGGACUUCAUCGGACGAGAAUCAAGCUUGGAGCAGCUCCUCGAGAGAAUUCCUCCGAGCGUAAAGAAAAACGAGUGCCAGAGGACCGCUAUAGAAGGUCUAGGGGGCGUGGGAAAGACACGAAUCGCAUUAGAAGCAGCUUACCUGGUCUACGAACGCUAUCAAGAUUGUUCUAUCUUCUGGGUCCCGGCUAUUAACAUGACCAGUUUUGAGAAUGCGUACAGAGAUAUUGGCAAAGUUCUUGAUAUACCUGGGAUCGAAGACGACGAGGCAGACAUCAAGAGUCUGGUCAAGGCCGCCCUUGAAAAGAAUGCUGGAACUUGGCUUCUAGUUAUUGAUAAUGCAGACGACGCAGACCUGCUUUAUGGCCGGACAGCAAGUCCCGCCAUUCGCGACUACCUCCCCUUUAGUCGACAAGGCUCCAUCCUUUUCACGACUCGUAACCACGAAGUUGCUAUCGCGUUUGAAAUACAUGAGAAGAGCAUAUGUGUUAUCGAAAAUUUGGCAGAAGACGAAGCGAUAGAUAUGCUGGGAAGAAGUUUAAAGGAAAGCCAAAUGCGCGACGUGGAAAGCACGAAACAAUUGCUUGCCUCGCUAGCAUAUCUGCCGUUGGCAAUCAAACAAGCAUCUGCGUAUAUGGCUAGAACACGGAUAUCAACAACUAGAUACCUUGAUCACUGUCGUUCCUCUGACGAAACUCAAGUCAAGCUUUUAAGUCAAGAAUUCGAGGACCGGAGCCGGUACCGAGGUACUACCAACCCAAUUGCCACGACUUGGCUUAUCUCGUUCAACCACAUCGCCCGUGAUUACCCUUUAGCGGCACGCUACUUGAAGUAUAUAUGCUUUUUAGCAGAAAAGGAUAUUCCCAUAUCGCUAUUACCACCGGGAAAAGAUAGACUCGAAGAGGAAGAAGCACUUGGUGUCUUGACAGGAUACGCCUUUAUUGCCAGACGAGAACAGGGGGACUCAUUCGAUAUCCAUCGCCUCGUACGGCUGGCAAUGCGCAACUACCUCCAAAAUGAGGAACGAAUAGAAACCAUUACCAAUUUGUUCGUCCAUCUCUCUGAUGUAUACCCACACCCCACGCAUGAGAACCGGAACAUAUGGAUGAGGUAUAUGCCACAUGCGCAGAUCGCUUUAAAAGUCCGAGGGGAAUCAGUACGCAAUAUUGAGAAGUGUUCACUACUCUGCAACAUCGCAUACAGCUACCGGAUAAUCGCCAAAUACAAGCAGGCAGAACAUAUGUACCGGGAGGCAGUAAAGCUGAGCAAGGAGGGAUGGGGCGUCGAGGACCCCAAGACACUUGUCAGCAUGAAUGGCCUGGGCUGGAUGCUCUAUAAGCAAGGCAAAGACCAGGAGGCAGAACAGAUAAUCCUGCAGACAUUGAAACUAAGAAAGAAGUUGUUAGGUCCUAAGGAUCCUGACACACUUGACAGUAUGCACAAUUUAGCAUGCGUGUUUAGCGGUCAGGGAAAAUACGAGGCGUCGAGAAAGAUAAACCAACAGACACUCAAAUUAAGAAAGGAAGUGUUAGGCCUCAAACAUCCCGAAACACUUCGCAGCAUGGGCAAUUUAGCCCAGGUACUUCAUAUCCAAGGGAACCACCAGGCAGAAGAAAUGAAGCGGCAGAUGCUAAAGCUGAGCGAAGAGGUGUUAGGCCAUGAUCAUCCAGAUACACUCCACAGUAUGAGCAUCAUGGCCUGUAUUCUUCUCAGCAAGGGGAAGCAUGAGGAGGCAGACCUGAUGAAUCGGCGCGCAUUUGAACUAACGAGUAAGGUAUUAGGCCCCAAGCAUCCCGACGUAAUUCCUACCAUAAGCAACCUAGCCAAAGUGCUGGAGUACCAGGGGAAGUACAAGAAGGCAGAGAAGAUGAAGCGGGAGGCACUAGAGCUAAGCAAGGAGGUGUUAGGCCCUAAGCAUCCUGAUACAAUCAGCUAUAUGAAUAACUUAGCUACGGUGCUGUAUUUGGAAGGGAAAUAUGAGGAGGCAGAACAAGUUAAUCUGCAGGUAGUGGAGUUAAGUGAGGAAGUGUUAGGCUCCGAACAUCCAGACACAGUUAUCGGAAUGAAUAACCUGGCCGUCGUGCUUGCUUGUCAGGGGAAGCACAAGGAAGCAGAGCAGAUUUGUCGGCACCGGACAAGUCUCACUAACUCGAGUAAAAAGCUCUCAGGAUCCGAAGGACUGGAAACUCGACGUUUCCGGAUGACAAAUGGGAAGCAAAAAAAGAAAUAAGGCCGUCGAGAGAUUGGUUCGGUGGGUUGUGACUUAACAAUGAAGAAGGCAAGUGCAUAGCACCCGACUUAUUAGGUUGUUUAACAUUAACGCUGAUAGCUAACAGGUCCAUGUCAAUUCUAGUUGAGUUUUGCCAGCGAACCGACGUAGCAUAGCGCUACGGUAGAUCCCUUAUCAACAUCGCGUGUCACACAAAGAUAUUCCACGUGCUACUGCCGGGAUAGCAGAUGAUGUGGCCGUUAUAUGUCGUGGGUUCCGGUCGGCUCCAGGAUAGACCGCCGAGAUGGUGGCGCUUUCAAGCAUGCGUUUGCGCUCGUGGCGUGAAUAAGCAGCAGAAGAUAUUCCGGCAUUCGAAGAUUGGAUUUGAGACUGUGUUUCUAGUAUGGAAUUGAGAAGGAUUGUCCCGUAUAUGGAAGGCAGGUAAAAUGUUGUAACAACUUCAUGUUAAUUAGAUAUUGUCGUUCCUAUCUUCUCCUUCCAACCCCCUCUUCAUUUAAUGAUAU